AUGAUCUCUUUCAACACCAAGAGCCUUGCUGCCUUGGCCCUCGGCGCUGCUGUCGCCGAGGCCCAGCUCUGGGACAAGGUCAUUGAUACUUCUCUGGGCCCUGUCAAGGGUUACAAGUACUUUAACCAAACAACCCUCGAGACCUACUUCAACCGCUCCGAGUCCAAUGUCACCGCUUACUUAGGUAUUCCCUUCGCUGCUGAUACUGGUUACCAAAACCGUUGGAAGCCCCCACAGCCUCGCGAGCCAUGGACUGAGACUUACGAUGCCACCGAAUGGGGUUACGCUUGUCCUAGCGGGUCUACCUCCAAUAUCAGCGAGGACUGUCUCAACCUGAACCUCUGGACCAAUGCUGGUUCUUCCGAUGCCAAGCUACCUGUCAUGCUUUGGAACCAGGGCUCUGACGAGACUAGCAAUGACAACUGGUGGUAUGGCGGUGGUAUGGCCCUGAAGGAUGUUAUUCUGGUUUCUUUUAAUCGUCGCGACGACGCCUUUGGAUAUCUUUCCCACCCAGAUCUUAAUGCUGAGGGCCUCAAAGCCACUGGCCACAACACCUCCGGUAACUACGGCGUCCUUGACCAGCUGGAGGUCCUCAAGUGGAUUCAGAAGAACAUCGCCAAGUUCGGUGGUGACCCUGACCGUGUCGUUGUUGCUGGUCAAUCUUUCGGCUCUUCCCAGACUUACCACGCCGUGAACAGCCCUCUCUUCAAGGGAUACUUCCAUGGCGCUAUCUCAGAGUCUGGUAUCCGUUGGCCUCGCGACCCCAUGCUGGCCGGUCUCGCCACUUCUUACAACAAUAUGUCUGCUGCUCUCUUCCACGGUACCAACUACACCACCUUCCACAACGCCUCGAGUAUCUCCGAGCUUCGCGAGAAGUCAAUGGAAGAUCUCCUGAUUGGUUCCCAGGACCGUGUCAACAGCACUUGGAUCUGGUGGGUGACCGCUCUCUCUGCCGAUUACCCUCUGAUCUUCAAGCCCGUCCUUGACGACUACGUCCUUCCCGAAAAGUACAUCGAUUCCCUGAAGAACGGCCCCGCCAACGAUGUCCCCGUUAUCACCGGAAACACCAAGGAUGAAUCCGGCGCCUCUCCUACAGACGACUACACCGUAGAGGAGUACCGAAACUACUGCACCCUGAAAUACGGCGACCUUGCCGAUCGUUACUUCAGUCUGUACGGCGAUAAUGGCAACCAGACCCUCGCCAACCACGCUUGGAACGCCGCUGCCCGCGAUAUGGGUGUCGUUGGAUCAUGGGCCUACGGUACCAAGUGGUACGACGCUGCCUCCUCGGACUUCUACACCUACUACUGGACUCAUGCUCCUCCUGGCCAAGACCAGGGUGCUUUCCACCAGUCAGAGAUCAUGUACGCGUUGAACGCUCUUUACGCCAAUGCUGACACCUACCCCUUCACUUCUGUCGACUACGAGAUCCAGGAGAAAAUGUCCGCCUACUGGGCCAACUUUGCCAAAACCCUCAACCCUAACAAGGGCGGCUCUUACGAGGGUAAGGGCGAGCUCCCUGAAUGGACUCCCAACAGUUCUGAAGGUAAGAAGGUAGUGAUGGAGCUUGGUAAUGCCUUCAGCAAUGUCCCCAUUGCUCGCUCCUCGGAAUACGUUAAGUUCAUCAUGGACUACUACUCCGAGCAAGUUGCCUACUAA